AUGGGAUACUCACCUCCAGAAGGAGAACCGAACCGGGUGAUUGCCUCACCACGUAGCAGCACCGCAAUGCAAGCGAAUCCAAGGAACCCCGAUGACAGCAUUGGCGAGAGCGGCGAGGACAGCCCCGAGUCACACAACGGAGCAGCGGGACCGUCUUCAUCCAGCUCAGCAAGCAGCCCACCGGAACCAGAGAAACUGGUAGAACAGCGCAGGUCAAGCAGACAGUUCAAUUUUCUGGGGCUUUAUGGGAAUAAACAACCUGAACUUCAAGGGGCCAAAAUUGAUAAGGGAGGACACAAGAAACCUGUGAACAAAGAAGAUGGUUCAGGUGUCACCAAAAAGGACAAUAUAAGAAAUAGGCAGCAGUUCAUUAUAGCAAAAAGAAUGGAAGAAACAAGUUUUGCAAGAAGCUCCAAGAAUCUGUGCCUUGUUCUACUGGCCCUCAUUGUUUCUCUUCUCCAAUCGACAUUAGGACAGGAGUUGAAAUUUGUGAUUUUAAUUUAUCGACAUGGAGAUAGAAGUCCUAUUGAAAAUUAUCCCAAUGGCUUACACAGUGAAAGUGAAUGGCCACAGGGAUUUGGGCAACUGACUAAGAUUGGAAUGCAGCAGCAAUAUGAGCUUGGACAAUACAUAAAGAAGAGAUAUUAAGAUUUUCUGAAUGUCAGUUACAAAAGAGAGGAGAUUUAUGUUCAAAGUACAGAUUAUGAUCGAACCAUAAUGAGUGCUGAAGCAGUCCUGGCUGGUCUCUUUCCUCCUUCAGCCGAAGAAGAGUGGAACCCAGAUAUUCACUGGCAACCUAUUCCAGUUCAUACUAUGCCUCUUUCAGAGGAAAAGUUAUUGAUAUAUCCCAAUUUUAAAUGCUCAAGUUUUAAUGGAUUACUACAACAGUUCAAACAAGAAAUAAAAUCCAAGAACAUCUUGAAAAAACACAUGCAUGAUAUGACAAUAAUUGCCCUCCAAAUAGCACUUGGUGUUUUCAACCAGUUAUUACCUCCUUAUGCUGCUACCCAUAUUUUUGAGCUAUAUGAAGAAGACAAUGGAAGUCAUACCAUUGAGAUGUAUUAUCGGAACAACACUGCUGUUGAACCCCAUAUGCUCACUUUGCCAGGAUGCUCAAAGGCUUGUCCACUGGAGAAGUUCCAAAACUUGAUUACUCCUAUUUUGCCAACAAAGGAAUGUUGA